UCUCGCUCUUUCGCAGUUCCAGCAUGUCGAUGCAUCCGUCAGUUGGCGUGUUUGGCGAGAGGGAGUCGGGCCAAGACGUCAGAGGCGCCAAUGGUACAUAGCACACACGCGGCGCGCGCACACACGCAUCACAUCCUCACAGCACAGCACCGCGCAACACCAUGCAGCUAGGCACAUCCACACACGUUUGUCAGUCGAGCGCAUGCACGAAAUACACACAGAGAUCUUCCUCCCUCUCCCUCUCUCGUGGCUGCAGUGACGGCCGUGGCGACUUUGGCGAACAUAUUGCGUUCGUCGUUGGGUCCGCAGGGUCUGGACAAGAUGCUGGUGGACGACAUCGGCGACGUGGUCAUCACCAACGACGGCGCCACCAUCCUGGGGCAGCUCGAGGUGCAGCACCCCGCUGCCAAGGUCAUGGUGGAGCUCUCGCACCUCCAGGACCAAGAGGUCGGUCAGACAGACAGGCGCACGCACCACGAACCAGCGAACGGCACACAGAGAGAUGUCCAGAGGGAGAGAGGGGGGGGGAGGAAGGGAGUGAGGGGGGGAGGAAGGGGCCGCAUGUGACUGAUGUGAGUGCGUGAUUGAUAUCUGUGUCUGUCUGUCUGUCUGUGUGUGGUGUGGGUGUAGGUGGGUGAUGGCACCACGUCUGUGGUCAUCAUAGCGGCGGAGCUGCUCAAGGUAAGCCUAGAUGGGGCGAUGCAUCCAUACAUGCCUCUCGCUGUUUGUGUGCUGUCCGCCCCACAGCGUGGGAAUGACCUGGUGCGUGGCGGCAUCCACCCCACAUCCGUCAUAGCAGGAUACAAACUCGCCAUGAAGGUAGGUAUCUGGCUGGGUACCCUCCCCCUCCCACACAGAGACAGACAGACAGACAGACACACAGGUGUUCGUGAGUUAUCUGUCUGUCUGUCUGUCUGCCGGUGUGUGUGUGUGUGUGUCUGUGUGUGUGUGUGUGUGUGUGGUGUGUGCAGGAGUGUGUCAAGUACAUGCAGGAGAACCUCUGCGUCAAGGUCGACCAACUCGGUGAGGGAGCCAGAGAGGGCAGGCCGGGAGGGAGGGACUGUGUGCUGUAAAUGCAGGCAAGGAGGUGUUGCUGAAUGUCGCCCGCACCACCAUCUCGUCAAAAUACAUCGGCGCGUAAGGACUUACUUACGGCAACCACUCACCCCACACACAGACAUGCCCUCCUCUGUGUGUGUCUGUGUCUGUGUCUGUGUGUGUCCAGUGAGUCAGAUUUCUUCGCCCACUUGGUCGUCGACGCCAUCUCAUCUGUCAAAUUUGUAAGCCACACACACAGGGAGGGACACACGAAGCUUCACGUGUGUGUGUGAUGUGACUGACUGAUGUAGGUGACUGAGCGGGGUGCGACGCGUUAUCCGGUCAAGGCGAUCAACGUGCUCAAGUGCCACGGCAAGAGCACUCGCGAGUCGAUGAUCGUCCCUGGCUACGGCCUGCAGCUCCAGAGGGCCGCACAGGGUGAGCAGCUCUGAGUGAGUUGGGGUGUGUGGGUGGGAUGUUGUGGUGUGGUGGACUCUCUCUCUCUCUCUGUGUGUGUGUGUGUGUGUGUCAGGCAUGCCCACUCGUGUGUCACCCGCCAAGAUAGCCAUGGUGGACUUCAACCUCAACAGAUACCGAGCUGCCCUUGGUGAGUGAGUGAAUGAGUGAGAGAGUGAGGGACCGACCCAUCACACACACACACACACACACAUGGAUGGUUCUGUGUGUGGUUGUGUGCAGGUGUGCAGGUGCAGGUGACUGAUCCAAAGGAGCUGGAGCGGAUCAGACAGAAGUACGUUUGUCGACGGGGUGCUGUUGCUGGCCGCACGGACGGCUUUCCGUGUGUGGUGCUGUGGUGUGGUGUGGUGUCUUCAGGGAGAUGGACAUCACCAAGGACAAGAUCAGCAAGAUACUCAGCUCAGGUGGGUGGUGGGUGCGGCCUCUCCCCUGCAUAACUCUGUCUCUCUCUCUCUCAAUCUAUCUUUCUCUGCAUGAGUCUGUGUGUGUGUGUGUGUGUAGGCGCAAACGUGAUUCUGACGACCAAGGGCAUCGACGACAUGUGCCUCAAGUACUUUGUCGAGGUACGUGAGGACACAGCGCAGCGCGUGGCGGGUAAGUCUGGUGGGUGAUGACUGACUUACACAUACACACAGGCCAAGGCGAUUGCCGUCCGGCGCGUGACGACCAAGGACAUCCGCAGGAUCGCCAAAGCCACUGGAGGUCCGUCUCUACCCACACAGGCGUGUGUGGAUGUGUGUCCGGACACCUUUUGUUCUGGCUGUGUGUGUGUGUGUGUUCAGGCCACGUGUGUCUGACGCUGGCCACACUGGAUGGGGACGAGAAGUUCGACCCUGGCAACCUAGGUACCUACGGUCUCGUGGACGCGCUGCGUGUGUGGAUCGAUGGAUGUGUGUGGAUGGACGUGUGUGUGUGUGUGUGUGUGUGUGUAGGUCACGCUGAUGAGGUCUGCGAGGAGCGAGUGGGCGACAACGACUUCAUCUUCAUCAAGGCGAGCAUUGCAUUGAAACACAUUAUUCUUGCCAUUCACUCAUCUCAUUCUGUCACUCAUCUCAUCUACACGCCCACACCGAUCGGUUUGUGUGUGCUUUGUGUUUAUGUGCAGGGCUGCAAGUCAGCACGCUCCACAUCCCUUCUGCUGCGGGUACCCCCCACCCCCCAAGCCAAGCCCCACACACACAUUCCAUUCCAUUCCAUUCCAUCCAUCCACACACACAUCUGCAUCAGGGUGCGAACGAGUUCAUGCUCGACGAGGUGGAGCGGUCCGUCCACGACGCCCUCUGCGCCGUCUCGCGCACCCUCGAGUCAAACUACGUAUGCGCCGGCGGGGGCGCCGUCGAGACCGCACUCGCCAUAUACCUCGAAGACUUCGCACGGACACUGGUCAGUUCGCCAACGCAUACACAGAGAGAGAGAGGGGGGGGAGAGAGGGGGGAGAGGGAUAUGUGUUAUGGCGUGUUGUGGUGCGGUGUGGUGUGAGUAGGGUUCUCGUGAGCAGCUGGCGAUAGCGGAGUUUGCGGAGGCUCUGCAGGUCAUCCCGAAGCAACUCGCCAUCAACGCUGCACUGGUUGGUACUGUGUGGGGAACCCUCUCACUCACUCAGCCAUCCAUCCAUCCAUCCACACACGAGUAUUGACCUCCUUACUAUCACCAUCUCUUUCUCUCUCUCUCUCUCUGUGUGUGUGUGUGUGUCUGUAGGACGCCACCGACCUGUUGGCCAAGCUGCGGUCCCACCACGCCGCCGCACAGACGGCCGCCCCGACAGACGAGAAGAAAAAGGACCUGAAAUGGUCAGUCAGUCAGUCCAUCGACUGACUCACCUCAUUUCAUUCACCACACACACCACACCACACACGCCUGACUGACCGCAUUAUGUGUGUGUGUGUGUGGUCAUGUGAUGUGUCGACAGGUGUGGUUUGGAUUUGGUGCACGGCAAGGUCCGCAACAGCAUGAAGGACGGCGUGCUCGAGCCGCUGCUCACCAAGUCAAAAGCUAUCAGGUCACCCACUCCCCCCCACCGCACCUUAUUCUGUCUGUUAUGUCUGUGCCUCCCCCUCCCAUGCCGUGUGUGUGUGUGUGUGUGUGUGUGUAGGUUUGCCACUGAGGCAGCGGUGACGAUCCUGCGCAUCGACGACCUGAUCAAGACCAUCCCCGAGCCGGAGCCACGGCAGGGCGAGGAGGACGAGUGAGUCAGUGAAGACAGAGGACAGACCGAGAGAAAUGAAUGAAUUGAAUGAGUAGGAAGGUAGUCAGCGUAGCGUGGCGUGCUGCAUGCCAUGGAGGGCUGCUGUGCUGUGCUGUGCCUAGCGGAUGGAUGGAUGGAUGUGUGGGUGGUCGAUCGCAAUCUAUGGCGUGCAAUCGCAGCUGGGCGUGUGUCGGCUAGUUUGUGUGUGGCUGUGUGUUCGCUCGCCUUGAGAGGCUGUUGAUGCUCUGUGGCUGGCAAAGUGCGACCACUGUGCCAGCCAUCGAGCGUCGUCGGUCGGCAUGGGCAUCGAAUGCACGUAACCACCACAUAGCUAUGUGUGUCGGCGCAUGCAGUAGAUGGAGAUACACCCGCACUCUUGCGUGCGAGAGAGGGUGACAGCAUUCAUCAACCUGGCGUGCACACGCCUCUGUCGACCCACAGAUGAAGGCGGGCGCGGCAAAUUUAAAGC